AUGGACGGGCGUUCAUCUCCGGUUCUAUCUCGGCCCACUGCGAAUACCAGCACUACAUGUACCACUCUAGAACCGCAUACCCCCGGCAAUAAAGCCGAUUGUGAUGAUAAGUCCAGCAACGCCGAGACAAAGCAACUUGAACGUGACAAUCCGGUCACUGAGAAAAACAAAUUGCAAGAUCAGACAAACCUAUUACCGGUGAAGCAACUCUUGAUCGUUUUUGUGGGCUUAAGUUGCGCGCUUUUCUAUGGUCUUUCAACCGAAAUUCAAAUUGCUAAUUUAACAUCACAUAGUGUAUCUACCGCUCUUCCUACACUGGGACGCGUUUUCAAUGAUGCAUCCGUUGAAUCAUGGGUUGGAACCUCAUAUCUUCUAACCUCCACGGCCUGUCAGCCGCUGUACGGCCGUCUGUCGGAUAUCUUUGGUCGAAAGAUCAUUCUUCUUACCAGUAUGGGAUUCUUCCUCAUUGGCUCUAUCCUAUCCGCAGUGUCCCAGAGUAUGAUCAUGCUCAUUGUGUUCCUAUUAUUGUGGUCUAAUUUGAAGAUGGCAGGCGCAAUCUCGGGGAUUGGUGGUGGUGGCAUCCUGACUUCCGUCAUGAUUACGGUUUCCGAUGUUGUUUCUCUGGAGAAACGAGGUACUUAUCAAGGUAUCAUCGGCGUGGUCGUUGCUUUGUCAAACUCAAUUGGCCCUCUCAUCGGUGGUCUGUUCACCGAGAAGGUAUCAUGGCGAUGGUGUUUUUACAUCAACAUCCCUUUGACCGGCAUCUCUAUUCUCGUUGUGUUGCUAGUUCUUCCUCUAAAGAGAGUUAAAGGAGACAUGAAGGCCCGUUUCAAGCAAAUUGAUUAUUUGGGAUGCCUCCCCCAAUACUUCCAAGUUGUCUACUCAGCCUCUCCAAUCAAAUCCGGCGUGCUCCUCCUCCCUCUCGUUGUGACCCAAUGCGUCGUCUCAUUUACCUCCGGCUUUCUUGUUUCCAAGACCGGUAACUACACUAUCAAUAUCUGGGUAGGCUUUGCCAUUUGGGCAAUCGCAUGUGGUCUACUAUCCACCAUCUCACCGACAACUUCUAUCGGGCAGCUGGUUGGUUAUCAGAUACUGAGCGGAAUUGGAUCAGGUCAAACCCUUCAGACGAAUCUAGUCGCUAUCCAGGCCAACGUUCAACGGAAAGAGAUGGCUGUCGCUACUGCUACCAGGAAUUUCCUACGUCUUUUGGGGGGAACAGUGGCUUUAUCUGCCUGUGGUGCCAUUUUGAAUAACACUGUCCGGUAA